AUGUCGCUGUACCCGCCAAUCAAGCCCUUCAAGACGGAGCUACUGCCAGUCUCGAAUUCGAACCAGAUCAGCCACAAGAUCAGCGUCAAGCAGUAUGGCAAAGAAGGCGGCAAGCCCGUCCUCUUCGUGCACGGUGGUCCCGGUGGCGGCUGCGACGCCAAGGACGCCCGGCGCUUCAACCCGGACGUGUACCAGAUCAUCCUCGUCGACCAGCGCGGCUCGGGCGACUCGCUCCCGCCCGCCGAGCUCGAGGACAACGACACGUGGGCCCUCGUCGCCGACUUUGAAAAGGUGCGCGAGCACGUCAAGGUCGACAAGUGGCACGUGUUUGGCGGCAGCUGGGGGAGCACGCUCUCGCUCGCGUACGCCCAGACGCACCCGGACCGCGUCAAGUCGCUCACGCUGCGCGGCAUCUUUACCCUGCGCCGCGACGAGCUCGACUUUUUCUACCAGGGCCCUGGCACGUCGUUCCUGUUCCCGGACUUUUGGGAGGAGUACGUCGCGCCGAUCCCGGAGGACGAGCGCGGCGACAUGGUCCAGGCGUACUACAAGCGCCUCACCUCUCCCGACGCCGCCGUCCGGGCCCAAGCCGGCCGCGCCUGGUCCCGGUGGGAGAUGGCCACGUCGCGCCUCGCGGUCGACGAGGAGUACCUGUCGCGCGCCGACGACGCCGCGUUCGCCGACGCGUUUGCGCGCAUCGAGGCGCACUACUUUGUCAACAAGGGCUUCUUCGAGAGGGACGGGUGGCUGCUCGAGAAGGCGCAGAUUGACCGGAUUCGCCACAUUCCAGCGAGGAUUGUGCAGGGCCGGUACGACGUCGUGUGCCCGGCCAAGACGGCGUGGGACCUGCACCGUGCGUGGCCCGAGGCCGAGUUUACCAUGGUCGGCGACGCCGGGCACUCGGCGGGCGAGGCCGGGAUCGAGCGCGCGCUCGUCGAGGCGACCGAUGCCUUUGCCCAGCUCGAGUAAGCGUCUCUCUCUCUCUUUCGGGGUUCGCGAGAGCGCGCAGGUAGUGUAACGAGGCCGUGUUUGUGGAUCUC